AGCUGGCUCAGCCAAGAUGGCGGCGUCCUUAAGGAGACUGAGUGGAUUUAUCGGGAGGGCUGCAGUCAGGGGUUUGGUGAGCAAAUCGCAGUCCAUAAGAUCUGGAAUAAUCAGAAAUAGGUCCACACAAGCAUUAACCCAAGCAGUUCUAAAUGUACCAGAGACUAAAGUGACUACUUUGGAGAAUGGACUAAGAGUUGCUUCAGAGGACUCUGGACUUUUAACUUGCACGGUUGGACUCUGGAUUGAUGCUGGAAGUAGGUAUGAAAACCAGAUGAAUAAUGGAACUGCACAUUUUCUGGAGCACAUGGCAUUUAAGGGAACUAAAAACCGUUCCCAGCUUGACUUGGAGCUGGAGAUUGAAAACAUGGGUGCUCAUCUUAAUGCAUACACUUCUCGAGAGCAGACUGUAUACUAUGCAAAAGCUUUCUCCAAAGAUCUACCAAGAGCAGUGGAAAUCCUUGCAGACAUUAUUCAGAACAGCACCCUAGGUGAGGCUGAGAUUGAACGGGAAAGAGGAGUCAUUCUACGGGAGAUGCAGGAAGUGGAGACCAAUCUACAAGAAGUGGUUUUUGAUUACCUACAUGCAACAGCAUAUCACAGCACUGCUCUGGGAAGGACAAUACUUGGACCCACAGAGAAUAUCAAAUCCAUAAAUCGCAACGAUUUAGUGGAGUAUAUAACAACACAUUACAAAGGACCAAGGAUAGUUCUAGCAGCUGCAGGAGGUGUAUCUCAUGACGAAUUGCAGGACUUGGCAAAGUUUCAUUUUGGUAAUUUACCAUCCAUAUAUGAUGGGGAAACCCUUCCUUCCUGCUCCUUCACAGGCAGUGAGAUCCGCGUUCGAGAUGAUAAAAUGCCACUUGCUCACAUUGCAGUUGCUGUAGAAGCAGUGGGUUGGUCCCAUCCAGACACAAUCCCACUCAUGGUAGCCAAUACACUUAUUGGAAACUGGGACAGAUCAUUUGGCAGUGGUGUGAAUUUAUCCAGUAAACUAGCCCAGCUCACAUGUCAUGGAAACCUCUGUCACAGCUUUCAGUCGUUCAACACAUGUUAUACAGACACUGGACUCUGGGGGCUCUAUAUGGUGUGUGAGCCCAACACUGUGGAAGAUAUGAUGCAUUUUGUUCAGAGAGAAUGGAUCAGACUCUGUACUAGUGUGACUGAAAAUGAGGUUGCGCGCGCUAAGAAUCUGCUAAAAACAAAUAUGUUGCUCCAGCUUGAUGGAUCCACCCCUAUUUGUGAAGAUAUUGGCAGACAGAUGUUGUGUUACAACCGCAGAAUUCCAUUGCCUGAACUUGAAGCAAGGAUUGACUUGAUCAGUGCUGAAACAAUACGUGAAGUAUGCACCAAAUAUAUUUAUAACAAGAGCCCUGCAGUUGCUGCUGUCGGCCCCAUUGGAGAACUUCCCAAUUAUGACCGAAUAAGAAGUGGAAUGUACUGGCUAAGAGAAUAAAUAGGAGGCAUCCCAACACCUGCAGCAUUGGGCAGACUUGUUGCACUCAGCUAGAUAGAUGUUGUGCUAAAAGGUUCUGACUGCGUAUACUGUACUCUAUGGAAGAACCUACAGAAUAUCCUUGCCUUCUGACCCAAGAUGGAUGAAGACUAAGCACAGGAACCAGCAUUCAGAGCAAUUCUUUGGGAAGACGUGGGAAAGUAACAUACUAUGGCAGCAAGUGAUCUCUUCAAUGUGCAUUACUAGAACUGUGUAUAACAUCUACUGUUAACAGAAUUUAUCACUUCAUAUACUGUCUGCACUUUUAUUAUAAAACAUUCAAACAUUUAGAACAUGUUCAUUUCUUAGUCUUGGUGGCAUUCAGCACUUGUUCUUGAGCAGCUUUUUUUGCUUUCACCAUUUCCACCAAUUCCUAGAGAGAGAAGAGAACUGUCAGCAUACAGAUGCAAACCUUGUGCAACUAAAUGCAAGAAAAAUGGUUAUUUACAAGGGAAUAUGACUUGCACUGACUUACUCAAAGAAUAAUAGUUUUUAUUGUAACCAGCCGUGCAACCUAACACAGGUACAAGACUGCAAUAUUGUGUGGUUGCCCUCAAUCUACAAGUUAAAAAAUAAAAGCAAAGGUCUGACUGGU